AUGUCUGCACCGAACUCGACCCCAGCAUCUCCUGCGCCCGCAACGCCCACUGCUCCCCCCGAACAACCCCCACACCCCGAAAAUGCGGCCCCGGAGCUGGACGUGGCCAAGCUGCAUGCGCUCCCCUCCGAACAGCAGGAUCUUUAUAUGCUCACCUUCACCUCCGACCUGGUACAAUACAUCUCCGGCCUAGACACAGCGCAGGUCUCGUCGCAGCAGAAAGACCUGAAAAAGGAAUUGUUCAAGAUCUUGACCCUGCCCUCCCCCACCCUCACGCGCGUGCUCCGCAAUAACCUGGGACGAUGCUUUGGCGCCAUUCUGGGGAAAGGGGAUCGUGGGAUCCUCUUUGAGACCGUGACCGACCUUCUCGGGCUCGUCAAUGCUAGCAAAAGUGAGGCGGAGCUGAAGACCAAGUUCGCGGCCGCGCAUUGUCUCGGCGAGAUCUUUGCCGUCGCGGGCGGGAGUGCCUUCAUGCAGUCAAGCGUGGCUAGCUCGAGCAUGAUCAAGCUGCUCAAGUCGGCCAGUAACCAUACCGGUCUUCGCGGGGUUAUUUUUGCGGUGUUGCGCAAGAUCGUCGUGGGCGUUGGCGUUCCGCUCGACGAGUCGACCGCGCGGGACAUUUGGAAACAGGCGCGCAAUGCGGCGACCAGCGACAAGUCGACUUUCGUCCAGGUCCAUGCCUGUCGCUGCCUGGAGCAAUUGCUCAACACGAAUCCCUACUUCGAUAAUGCGAAUGACUUUGACAAUCUGAAAACCCUGGUCUGGAAGGUCAUUGACAGCCCCGCGGCUCCGGUUCGACACGCCACGGCUGCCUGUCUUGGUCGGGCAUUGGUGAAAUUACAUGCGACGGAUGCGCAUAUAACGGCGGCCCCGAAGUCCAAAUCGAAGAAGUCUAAAAAGGUGUCCAAGAAGUCUCAGGCGCGCCCCGGCGAUGAGGAGGAAGCCGAGGUGUCCGAAUCUUCCUCUGCCCCGAAGAAAUCAGAGUCGCGACUCUACUUUUUACUGCCGGACUUGUUGCGCCAGCUUUCAUCGCACUAUGUGCGGAGUACGACCUCCAACCGUGCACGCGCGGGCAUCUGCAUCUGCUACAAAUACGUCGUGCGGAACUUGGGUGACAAAGUUGUUGAAGAACGCUAUGGACAGAUUGCGGCCAACCUGCUUGUCGAACUGCUGAAUCACCCGACUGUGACAUACAACCGGUUCCGUCUUUUGAUGACCCGCAAGUUCGUCAAGAGCAUUCUCGAAGACACCAUUGGUCGAGAACUGCUGCGCGAGAACAGCCAGCUUAACGCUGCCAAGUGGCUCAUUAAUGAUAUUCUCAAGGACUACCCACAAGUCAUGCAGGAGCGUCGCGAGCCGAGCAAGUACACAUUGACAAGCGCCGUCAGCGCCUUGUCGGCUUUCAUCUCAUCUCUUGGCUCAGCUUUCGGUGUGCAUGCUGACGGUUGCCGAGAUGCUUUGAUUCAAAUACUCUCCCAUCCCAGCUAUACGGUACAAGUGCAUACAGCGCACUGCCUGCGUAGUUUCGUCCUUGCAUGCCCCCACCAGUUUCUGUCAUGCGUGACCAUCAGCAUGAACAGCUUGACGAGAGAGCUCGGCCAGCUCGCGACACCUCGACAAUCACCUCGACGCUGUGUUGGUUUCGCGAAUGGUCUGUCAGCCAUGCUGAGCACCUCUCGCCUGCAACCGCUCUAUGGCUCCGUGGAUGUCUUCGCGCGCAUAUUCUCCCAGGCAACCGAUCUCCUGAAAACGAGCAGCACAUCUGAGCUGCGAGUCGCAAGCACACAAAUCCAGGUGGCGUGGAUCCUGAUCGGCGGAUUGAUGCCCCUCGGACCCAGUUUCGUCAAAAUCCAUUUGUCCCAGCUGAUGCUGCUUUGGAAGAAUGCUCUCCCAAUACACCUCAGCAAAGAAAAUGCCGCUAAACGCGGAACCCUCGAGACAAGCUUCCUCGCACACGUCCGAGAAUGCGCCAUGAGUUCACUGCUGGUCUUCAUGGAAUUCAACAGCAAAUUGAUCACCGCCGACGGUGCCAAGAGAAUAGCAACCAUGCUCCAGAACACCGUUGACUUCUUGGACGAUCUGCCGCGGCCCAAGUCCGUGGAAGAUAUCUCACAGCGACUGCACCCUUCCUUGCAGCUGCACGAUUUCACGACCAUGGUGCGCCGCCGAGUGCUACAGUGUUUCUCAAAGCUCGUGCAUGUGCAUCAUCCCAGUCACGGAGACAUAAUCUCUCAGUCCAGGCUGCUCAGUCUUGCUGUCUCGUCCUUCGCCGACCCCGAUGCUCAGUACCGGCCGCUGGAAAGCUCAAUUGCCGGCUCGACGGGCCAAUUUGAUGGACUGUGGGAUCUUUGCGAUAAUUAUGGCUUUGGCGUCACUGGACUGGCCAGAGAGUAUAUUCGUAUUACCUUGUCUGGCACAAAUGGCAAAGACCACGGACCGGCGUGGUCUGCCGUUGACUCUGCAGAUGACGGUGUGGAUGAUGCUUUGACAUUCCCCGUCUGCCAAGCCAGCGAACACGACGCCGUCCUUCUUUACAGUCUGCGAGCGGAGGAUACCCUCUCUGCCGAUCCGCCCACGACAGGAGUCGUCAACUCAGCCAUCGAGCUGUUCUCUGUCGCAGUCGCGCUCCACUCUCCCAAGAUCCAAGAGAGCAGCGUCGAACAAAUCGCCACCUUUCUCAGUUCUCCGGCAUUGCAGCGAAACCCUGGUAGAAAGGCAGCGUUGGCUGUCAAUAUUUCUGUGGCUCUUUUGCUUGCCCUUAAGGUUGCGGUUAAGGAGACGGAUUUUUCGGCUGGCAAGUUGAGUACUUCUACGGAUAAGAUUUUGCAGGAGCUUUUACAGAAAUUUGUCACUGAUGUCGAUCCUAUUGUCCGCACGAUUGGCGUUGAGGCAUUGGGACGGCUCUGCGAUAGUGCUGGAAAUGCCUGCACGAAUACCCAGGUCAAAUGGCUUGUGGACACUAUUGUCGACAAUCGAGAACCAAACGCCCGUGCGGGCUGCGCCUCCGCUUUGGGGUGUAUCCAUUCUCAAGUCGGCGGUAUGGCAGCUGGUCUGCACCUCAAGACCAUUGUCGGCGUGUUGAUGUCACUCUGCAAUGACCCUCACCCCGUCGUUCAUUUUUGGGCACUUGGCGGGUUGGAAAGAGUUGCCAAUUCUGCCGGCUUGACUUUCUCACCGUUUGUUUCCAGCUCCCUGGGAAUGCUCGCACAACUUUACAAUGCCGAUAGCCAUAACGAAGAAGCGGCUGCGUUGGCGACUUCCAACGUCGAAAUGUCCUUCCUGACGCCCGUGGUGAUCAGCCGAUGUGUGGAUUCCUUAAUCAAUGUUCUUGGACCAGACCUCCAAGAUAUUGCAAAGACGAGGAACCUUAUCCUUACUCUUCUCCGCCAGUUUCAACUGGAGGACAACCCUGCUUUGGUUACCGAGAGCUCCAAGUGUUUGGACCACUUCUCUCUGUACGCCUCCAACUUCGUGGACUUCUCCGGCUAUGUCCACCGACUCCAAAGCGAGCUGUGCGCUAGCGACCCCUUGAUGCGAGCCGUGGCAGUCCGCGGACUGAACAACCUCAUGAAACGAGAUGCGGCGUCUGUUGUACGGACAGCAACCGAAACUCUCGAGGAUGAUAUCUGGCUGGCGUUUGAUGAUGCCCCGGAUAACCUGUCUCUCAAGACAAUGAUUCAAGACUGGCUACAGCAGACUUCCCUCACCGAAACUGAGCUGUGGAUCCAACGAUGCCAACAUAUUAUGACCAGAACGCGCCACAAGGGGGAGGCCACCGCAACCACGGCUGUCCCAGCUGCCGAUAUCCCAGAUGACGAGGUCGCGGGAUUUGCCGUUGCAGAAGGACAGGGUGAUUCGACCGGCGAUGGCGCCUCCGGCCAGGAAUUGCUCAAGUGGCAGACCCGCAACUUUGCCAUGAGCUGUCUCUCUGGGCUACUGGCAACAGUGCAAGAGGCCAUCCUUCCAGACCAAACCAUUCCGGCUGAGCUCGCGCUGCAGUCGAAAGUAGGAGACAUCAUCCGCAUGGCAUUCUCGGCGUCCACUGCCAACGUCAUCGAGCUGCGAGUAUGGGGUUUGAAGAUUAUCGACCAAGUUCUUACCAUGUUCGGCAAAACCCCCGAUCCGGAUUUCUCGGAGGCAUCCCUCCUCGAGCAGUACCAAGCUCAGAUCGGAUCAGCUCUUACUCCUGCCUUUGCCGCUGAUUCGUCAGCGGAACUCGCUUCUGAAGCGAUCAAUGUCUCUGCCACAUUCAUCGCUACGGGCAUAGUCACAAACGUUGAUCGCAUGGGAAGAAUUCUCAGACUCCUGGUCCUUGGCCUGGAGAAUUUCGCCAAAAACCCCGAGACUACCGACAUCGGUGAUCUCAAAGGCCUGAACUCGAAUGCCCGGGUGAUGGUCAAACUCGCCCUAUUCUCUGCGUGGGCUCGGCUCCAAAUUGCAAGCAUUGAGCAAGAGUAUUUGAACCGGGUGGUCCAACCGUAUCUUGCCAAACUUACUCCCUUGUGGCUUUCCUCUUUGCAGGAAUUUGCCAGACUGCGCUUUGAGCCGGAUAUUUCUGGAAGUCUGGGCACCAGUCCACAGAGUGGCAAUCUAGACGAGGUUUACGCCGCGCUGAACCGGGAAACUCUGUUGAAAUUUUACCAGGAUUCGUGGUUAUACCUCGUUGAUGCAAUCGCGGGCUUGGUUGAGAAGGAUAUUGAUUUUGUCUUUGAUGCCUUGGAUGGUAAGCUGCAGCUGACUGAAGAGCAUAGUGAAACGGAGGAGGAAGAGAAGGAGAAGGAGAUGGAGACGGAAAAGAAGGAGAUGAAGGAAGAGGAAGUGGAGGAGGAGACUGAGAGUGAAGAGAUGAAGAAAGAAGACACCGAGGAGGGGACGGAGGAGGAGGAAGUGGAGAAAGAGGAAGUGGAGGAGGAGAAUGAAGAAGCAGAUGGGAAAGAAAAAGAAGAGAAGCAAGAGAAGGAGAUCACCAACGGCAAGCCAGAAGGAAAGGGACACGAUAUCAAUUACCGCGAAGAGCCAGUUGCUUUCUUUUUCGUUUUGUUCGGCCUGGCGUUUGAGUCUCUGGUCGAUCAAGCAACUCUCCCCGCCCAACGAAUGGCUAUUCUCCUGGCUCUCAAGAGAAUCCUCCGGCCUGUCAUCUCUGGCAAUGCCAUCUACCAAGACGCCAUCUUCUCGGAAACCAUGGACACUUUCGACCGGCUUGUUCUGACCGAAGGCACUCCCAUCCAAUCUGUCAUUGUCGAUAUCGCGCAGAAUCUCUCGCUGGAUCACCCCGCGGCCAAGGGCGACCAGGAACGAGGCGACCAUCUUUCCGAUGACAUUGAACAACUCUUCGAGCUCACCAGAAGCAUCAUCCUUGUCCUUGCAGGGAUGCUGCCCAAUCUUCGCGAGUCAAACCCCCUCGCGCGAUUCCAUGUCACGUCAGAUGACUCUCUGACUCUCAUUCGCCUGGCACUCAGUUCCCUCGUCGAGGUGGCAUCGGUCUUCCCGUCCAUCAUCCGCAACGACCUCCAUGCUUGCAUCUUGCAUAUAUUCACUACCAUUCUUGCUACGGGCAUAUGUCAGUCUGCAGUCGUGCCUCAGGCUCUCCCGAUCUUCCGGCAAUUCGUCCACGGUAUCACCCAUGCGCAGGACCAGCCCGAGGACCUCGACGUGGUGUCCUUCCAGAUUCGUGGGUGCCUCACCCGCUUCUUGACCAUCCUCACCAUCGCCCAACGCCGGGAGUCCGAAACAUCUCUCCCCUGCGCCAAGAACACCCUCCUGGCCAUCACGUUCCUCCUCACGGCGGGCGGACAUGUCAUCCCAUCCAACGACCCAGUCAUCGUCCGCGUUCUAAACGAGCUCCUCGACUGUCUCCAGGAUAUCGGUCUAGCCACCGUGGCCGCCGGCUGUAUCCGCUCCAUUUUGCUCAAACCUCACCCUCGCUCCACGACCGAUGAGGUGAUCGCCCGAUAUCUCACUCCUCGCCUUAUCGCCUUCCUCAUCGGCUGCCCGCUCGACAGCGGCGAAAUCCCCAACGACCCUGAGAAUUCCCGCUCCGUCGUUGCGCGCACGCUCGUCUCUUGCGUGACCAACGCCACUUUCUCCAGCACUGAGCUGCCUACGGCUGUUUCGCUAGUGGUAUCCGCCUUGCUGGCACGCGCCACCCGCGAGGGACCCUCCGUGCACAAGGAGUCUGCGGGCCAUCUCCUUGAGCUUGCUAAGGCAGACCAGCUGGUAUUCCGGACGCUGGUGGCCGGCAUGAACCCCGAUCAAAAGUCACUUUUGGAGGAAAUCCUGCGCAGUGGCGGGGUGGGUGCUGCCGCGGCAAGGACGGAUGCUGAUUCCGCCGAAAGCGCUCAGCAGGCGGCGCCGAGUAUUGCUUUGCGGAUGGAUUUUUAA